GCCACAGUUAAGCAAAGCCACUGAGCUUACAGUGAAAAACAAACUGAACCUACGUACGUAUACACAUUGUGAGCCAUGGCUUUGUGCUCCAGCUGCCGGACAUGGCACUGCGUGCUUGCCCUCUUCCUCCUCUCCUCGGCGGCCUAUGGGCAGCUCUCGCCGUCGUUCUACGCGAAGAGCUGCCCGACGCUUGAGCUCACCGUGCGCGCCACCAUGAUCAAGGCCCUCCUCGCCGAGCGCCGAAUGGGCGCGUCCCUCCUCAGGCUCCACUUCCAUGACUGCUUUGUUCAAGGCUGCGACGGGUCCAUUCUCUUGGAUGACGUGGGUAGCUUCGUGGGCGAGAAGACUGCCUUUCCGAACGUGAACUCGGUGCGGGGCUACGAGGUGAUCGACCAGAUCAAGAGGAACGUGGAGCUGGCCUGCCCUGGCGUCGUAUCCUGCGCCGACAUCACCGCCCUCGCAGCACGGGACGGCGUCUUUCUGCUAGGCGGGCCCAGCUGGGCGGUGCCGCUCGGCCACCGGGACUCGACGACGGCCAGCCUGACUCAGGCGAACAGCGACCUCCCAGGGCCCAGCUUAAACCUGGACCAGCUCAUCGCCGCGUUCGCCAAGAAGCAGCUGAGCCCGCGGGACCUCACGGCGCUCUCCGGCACCCACACCAUCGGCUUCUCGCAGUGCCUCAACUUCCGCGACCACAUCUACAACGGCACUAACAUCGACCCGGCGUUCGCCGCGCUGCGCAAGGGCGCCUGCCCCGCCCAGGCUCCUAACGGCGACACCAACCUCGCGCCAUUAGACGUGCAGACGCCGCUCCUCUUCGACAACGCCUACUAUCGCAACCUGGUGGCCAAGCGCGGCCUGCUCAACUCCGACCAGGUGCUCUUCAACGGCGGCUCUCAGGAUGCGCUGGUGCGCCAGUACGCCGCCAACCCGGCGUUGUUUGCCUCCGACUUGGUGACGGCCAUGAUCAAGAUGGCGAGCCUCACCCCGCCCAGCGGAACCCCCUCCCAGAUCAGGCGUAACUGCAGGGUCGUCAACAGCUGACGCAACAUGCAUCUUCGCAUCGUAUCUACGUGUUACAGUGUUAAGUAGUAUACAUGCACAACAUGUAAAUACGCAUGCAUGCAUGGCAGAAUAAGAGCCGUUUGGUUUCACAAAGUAAUUUGUAUUAUUUCCUUUGUAAAGAAAUAUAAAAGCGUUUAGAUCACUAGAAGGAGUAUAUACCUGGGGCGGGCACAGGUCCAGAGGUGAGUAACCGGACCCUCCACCUUCAAGAUUGUAAAAUACCUCCUUCAUCAUGUAAUCUCCCAACCUGCCCAUAUAUGCAAACCGUACUAUAAUAGAAAUAGGGUAUAUGGUCUUUUAUGCAA